CAGCAUCAAAAGUAGAUUUAAAUAAAAGCAGCAGUGUAUAAUAAAUAGACCGAUAUCUGAGAGUACAGAGAGGCACAGUGACAUCUGUCAGGAGCUGAGAGACAGACAAGCCGGUGUCAGGGGAUCAGAACUACUGACAGACACCUGAGAGGCACAGAGACAGUGACAUCUGUCAGGAGCUGAGAGACAGACAAGACGGUGUCAGGGGAUCAGAACUACUGACAGACACCUGAGAGGCACAGAGACAGUGACAUCUAUCAGGAGCUGAGAGACAGACAAGCCGGUGUCAGGGGAACAGAACUACGGACAGACACCUGAGAGGUACAGAGACAGUGACAUCUGUCAGGAGCUGAGAGACAGACAAGCCGGUGUCAGGGGAACAGAACUACGGACAGACACCUGAGAGGUACAGAGACAGUGACAUCUGUCAGGAGCUGAGAGACAGGCAAGCCGGUGUCAGGGGAACAGAACUACGGACAGACACCUGAGAGGUACAGAGACAGUGACAUCUGUCAGGAGCUGAGAGACAGACAAGCCGGUGUCAGGGGAACAGAACUACGGACAGACACCUGAGAGGUACAGAGACAGUGACAUCUGUCAGGAGCUGAGAGACAGACAAGCCGGUGUCAGGGGAACAGAACUACGGACAGACACCUGAGAGGUACAGAGACAGUGACAUCUGUCAGGAGCUGAGAGACAGACAAGCCGGUGUCAGGGGAACAGAACUACGGACAGACACCUGAGAGGUACAGAGACAGUGACAUCUGUCAGGAGCUGAGAGACAGACAAGCCGGUGUCAGGGGAACAGAACUGCUGAUUAAGACAGAACAGAGAUGGCAUUGGAGCUGCUUGCAGGAUCUGGAGGUUCUUCUCUCUUGCGCAUUUACGACAUCAUUGCAAAGAAGCGAGAUGGGUUAACACUGACGCCUGAAGAGAUCAGACAUGUGGUACAAGGUGCUGUCAGAGGAGAGGUGCAGGACAGUCAGCUAGGCGCACUACUCAUGGCUAUCCGGAUUCGUGGGAUGGACUCAGAGGAGGCGCUGGGUUUGACACGGGAGAUGAUGACCUCUGGAUAUGUGUUUCAGUGGCCAGACAAGUGGGGCAGGACAGUAGUGGACAAGCACUCUACAGGAGGCGUGGGGGACAAAGUCAGCUUGCCACUAGCGCCAGCACUUGCUGCCUGCGGUUGUAAGGUUCCCAUGAUCAGCGGGAGAGGACUGGGACAUACAGGGGGGACACUCGAUAAACUAGAGUCUAUCCCUGGAUUUAGCUCACAACAGAGCCCUGAAAAGAUGCUGCACAUCCUGCGCUCCGUGGGCUGCUGUAUUGUUGGGCAGUCAGCGGAUCUUGUGCCAGCUGAUAAGAUCCUAUAUGAGAUGCGAGAUGUGACAGCCACAGUAGACAGUCUGCCCCUCAUCACAGCCUCAGUGAUCAGUAAGAAAGCAGCUGAGAAUCUUUCCUCUCUGGUACUCGAUGUAAAGUUUGGUGAGGCUGCAAUUUGUCAGACUCUGGAGGAAGCAAGACAGUUGGCCAACAGCCUUGUCAGUGUGGGGGUCUCUCUUGGUAUUCCCACAGCUGCACUGCUUACUCAUAUGGAUUUUCCCAUUGGACGACGUGUGGGAAACUUGCUGGAGGUGAUUGAGUCUCUGGAGUGUCUGGAGGGGGCAGGACCAGAUGAUCUGCGAGAUCUGGUGACACGUACAGGUGGCUACCUUCUCUUGCUGUGUGGCCAGGCUGUUUCAGAGGUGCAGGGUACGGAGCUCAUUGCCAGAGCACUGGAUGAUGGAUCUGCACUGAAGUGUUUCCGAGAGAUGGUGGAGGCUCAGGGGGUACCGCCAGAUAUAGCCAGGACCCUGACCUCUGCUUCAGACCUAGGUUCAGCAUCCCACCAAGAACUGCUGUACACUGAGAGUACAGGCACCAUAGAGCUGAUCCGGGCCAGACCCAUUGCUGAAAUUCUGAAUGCCCUUGGAGCCGGCAGAAUUCGAGCAACUGAUACUAUCAACCACAGAGUAGGCGCAGAACUGCUAGUGCGAGUGGGUCAGCAUGUGAACAAAGGUGAUGCCUGGAUCAGGAUUCAUUAUGAGAGCCCCCAGCUUCAGGACCCUCAGAGACAGACCCUCCAGAAGGCACUGUGCAUCACAAGCAAGCUACCCUUUACGCCACCCUCCCUCAUUAGGGAGAUUAUCCCACCCAAGGGCAAUAAAGACUAGGUGGUGGCAAGUGUAUACAGACAGGCAGAGAUCAAUUGAGAGAAUGGUUACUGUUAAGUGACAUGGUCCUAUAUCCAGUGAGACCCAUGAGUAAUUCUCCCAUAUACUCCUAGUAGCUCCUUCAGCAAUACCCAUUAUGCCAAAUCAACAUUCCAUAAUAAUUCUGCACUCACUGGGAAACAAUGUAAUGACUUGAUUUAAAAUAUUUUAUUAAAAACUAAGCUUACAGACCAGAC